AGAGUAUUUUCUUAUUGUCUUGUUCAUCCUGUCAAAUCAUUCAUUUAUCUUCGCACCCGUUUGUGUUGCUGCCGUCAGGUUUUAUGGGCAGCAUAUCUGUUUUUGUUGGAUCUUUCUCCUUUCCUACUGUCCUGUGCUGAUUAACGCCUUCUAUUUCACUGGAGAUAGGCUGGACUCAUCUGCUGCUUUCUGUUCCAGCAAGCAACACGAGAACACAUUCGAUUUGAUCUACUCUCCACGCGAAGAAUAUGUUUUUCACAAUCAGAGUGCAUGAGUAAUUGAAGGUAAAUCCCGGGCAGUAUUUCGCUUGUUUGUUUAGGAAAUUAGGAAGCUGUAUGUAGGUCAUUCCAAAUUAAGCUAUAACCAUCUAAUGGAGGUGGAUCUCCAUUUAAACACCACGGAAUUCGCAAAGCAAUCUACGCCUGAUAAGGCUGCCACAAUGAGUGCAUAGCAGCAACGUUUUUUUCUUUAUAACCUGCUGUAAGCAAUUCCUACAUCAUCCUCAUAAUGGACAACUCGUUCGAUAUGCUCGACAAAGAGUCCGCAACGUCAUCGUCCGGUGCCUUCCUACUACCGACAGACAGUGAAAUCCUCGAAGGGUUUCUCUGUCCGAUCUGCAAGCGUGAUCUUCGCACGCCGGAACGUCUGACGGUGCACGUGGAGCACGAACAUUCCGAGGAGCAGGAUCUGCUCAAAUCGCUGAAGGAAAUAUUCAGCAUCGCCCGGCAGGGUAUACUGCUGAAGGGUAAGAAGAAACCUACCCAAACCGGCGGUAACGAUGGUGGUGAACCGCCAGCAGCACGAUUCGGUUCGGAAACGGGUGUAGCGUUCGGCAGUGCCGGCACGGCCAACAAUCCCCUACUGCAGCAAGGAAUUCAAACCGUCGGUUGCUCCUGUGAGCAUAUGGCCUACUUUAAGGCGGUACGCAGUCCGCGCCUGGAACGGUAUGCGGCGGAGACGAACAAACUUAUUAUCCGGCUGGACAAGCUCCUGGACGGGUUGCCAACCGAGCCGGACCAAAAGAAGCGGCACGAACAGAGCAAGGUACCGUGGAUCGACGGUAAGCUGGUGAAACUGUGCCCGACCUGUGCGAAGAGUUUUGGCAUAACGCGCCGGCAGCAUCACUGCCGUGUCUGCGGAUCGGUGAUGUGCGAUGGUUGUUCGCGCUAUCUAACGCUCGAGGAAGCGGCCCGGCUGGUGAACCCGAACACCAUCAGCCCGGUGUCCGGUGGCGCAUUACCAGAGCAAUCCCAGCCGGGUGCACCGGUGAACGAAUCUAGCUACUUUCGGGUGUGCGAACAUUGUAUGCGGCUGUUGCUGAUCCGGAUGGAGACGCAGGACUGGAAGCGUGAACGUCCGCUGGUAAGACAGUUUUACGAAACGCUGAGAAGGGAGCGAACCGACAUCGAGCCCCACAUUGGAAUGUACCGACGCAUACUGGAUAGCCUGUACGAGGGAGAUGUCAUUUAUCGGCUGUCGGAUGCUUCUACGCUAAGGGAGAAGAUUGGCCGUUCGGCGGAAAAGUUAGACAACGUCAGCAAAAGCUUGCAAACGCUUCGUUCGGUCGUCGGUAGCCGCGAGGAUGCGCUUAAGAAGGCUAUCCGACUCGGUUGCAUUUCAUACAUCAAGGAGCAGAUGCUCUCAAUCCCACCGCUACCGGUAGAGGAAGAAAUUAAGAAGAUUCAGCAGCGCAAACGGCAAGAAACGGAACGGCGCCUCGAACGUGAGCGACAGCUAGCGUUGGAAGCGUUCGAACGGUUAGAGCUACAGUCGGGCGGAAGCGCUGAUAUUGGUAUGGACCGUCAGAAUGGAAGUUCUUCCAGCUCGAGCACCGCGUCCACAGCGGAAAUGACAAACGGUCGGUACGGUGCGGCCGUAUCGACGAUGGAUAAUUGGACCGGCACCCAAACCGGUCCGUCUAACACCACAUCCGAUCCGCUGAUCGAUCAGAUCAACAUCGUGAAGGGCUAUAUACGGCAGGCCCGGGCAGCGCUCCGCUUUGAGGAGGUGGCCACACUCGAACGCAAUUUAAGCGAGCUAACGCAAGAGUUCUACAACCGGCAGCGGUUGGACUCCGAUACCAAACAACCAGAAACCCAAUGAGAAAGACACGUGCAAGUAGCAUGCGAUAAGCGAUUAACGCGCGUAAGGUUGGCCCGUGCUUGUUUAUUUAUUCCACUAAUAAAGCAUUACAUUAAUAUUUGAAUUUAAAAA